UAAGGGAUGAAAUAAUCAAUACCCACCCCCUACUACCGAAGUUCUACCACAGUGCUAUGGGUUAAUACGUUUGCAUGCCUGGUAGUUGAACAGGUUACUAGAGCUAACUUAUGAAAGUGAAUCAAGAAAAUAUACUUCUCUUGAUCUUAUUAAGUAAUUCUUAUUUUUUAUACAAUAAUUUAAGCCGAACUACUGACGAUUAACGGUUAGCAGUGAGAAAAUGUGCAAGAGAAAUUCAAGUACAAAACACUCUAGUGUUACAAGAGAAAAUAUGAUACAGAAGUCAAAUGUUCUUCGAUGAAGCUUUUAACUUUUAGUAUUUACAUUAAUUUACGGAAAAAGAUGGAUCAACAAGAGGAUUGUUCAAAUCAAAGGAUUCAGCCUGUUCGCAGAUACCAACAUGACUUCAAACCAGACAAUCAUACUCAGCAUCCAAUGUUAAUAGGCCAGUCACAACAUCUGAACAUGGGUAGACCCACAAUUCGUAUCGCUGUGUAUCUAAUGUCUGGAGUAUUUCUAACUAUGGAUGUAGAGAGAAGUGCAAGUGUUCAGCAAAUCCUCUCUGUAGUACAAACAGAAGGAGAAUUAGAACUAGCCAGAGCACCACCAAUAAUAGGACAGCCAGUCUUUGCCUUGUGGCUUUGUUCAAAUCAAUUAGAAGUUCAAUUAAAACAGACACAGCGACCACUGGAAUUAGCUGCAAAGUGGAGUCAUCUGUUGCAUAAAUAUGGAACACAAGAAGGUGUAGAAGAUGAAGAACCAGUACUUUAUUUUCGAAGAAAUGUAUUCCUAUCACGUAGGGACGAGGAGCAGAUAAAAGAAAUCAAGGUCCUAGAAUUACUCUAUGCUGAAGCUAGGCACAAUGUCCUAGAAGGUAGAUAUCCCUGCGAAGGACAAGCACGAUAUGCUAGUUUGGGAGCUUUACAAGCUCGCAUUGAACUAGGUCCGUACAACUCUCAAACUCAUACCUUGGCGUACUUUAGAAAACAUAGAGCUCGAUUUUUACCACAUCAUUAUACGUCACCAAGUCUUCUAUUAGGAUUAGGACUUGGAUUGGGUUUGGUUGGUGGGAAAGGAGCCCCAGAAGCUCGUCUUCUGGAGCAAUAUAAAAGGAUACCUAAUCAUACAGGAACCAAUGCUAAUCCUAGAAAACUUAUACGAAAGUAUUUGGAGUUUUGUUGGGGUUUACCUUGCUACGGUGCAGCAUUUUUCCAAGGACAAAUUGAACGUCCUGUACGAGGCCUUGCAUCCUGGAUCACACAUCGUGAUCUUCCAGUUUUGGUUGCGAUCAAUACAUCUGGAGUCUACAUUGUCGAUGACAUGCAAUGCAGCCUAUUGCUGGGAUUGAAGUACUCGGAGUUAAGCUGGGAAAUGGCAAAACCUUCUGACGAAGGAAAUCGUGAUUGUCUGCCUUGUCUUUUCCUACAAUUUCCCGUACGAGAAAACGGUGCACGGGUUUAUAAAAUACUACAAGUAUUCUCAAGACAAGCAAUAAUGAUGGAUACUCUGAUCUCUGGAUUUGCUGAGGAGAGUCGACGUUAUGAUUCUGCUGAUCUUAAUCGACUGGCUGAGAAUUCUGUGAUAACCAAUACUGGCAGCUUUACCAAUAAACUCAGUAAAUUUACCCUGGCUACCUUUGACGAUGAGGGACGGUGUAUCGGACAAAUGGGUUCUUGGUCUUUUCAAUAGAUAUUACUUACAAUUAGAUUUUGUAUGAGGUAGCGACAUAUGAGUAUGCUCUUGCGCACAUGUGUUAUAUAAUAAUGAUACAUUUUUUUAGAAAAUUUCG